AUGCCGUCCUCUGCCCUCGUCUCCGGGAUUUUACCCCUCUCCCAUCGCCGGGUGUGCGUCCGUCGCCGCCGGCAACGCGUCGUCGUUGCCUCGUGGUCCUCCGCGGGCGCGACCCCGCCCGGCGUUCCCACCGGAACGCGCAAGCCCGUCGCCUCCGUCGUGGGCGCCGGAAUCGUGGGCUUAACAACAGCGCUGAGGCUCCAGGAGGCCGGGUUCGACGUCACCGUGACGCACGCGGAGGACGAGCACGACCUCGUGAGCCACGGCAGCGGCGGCUUUUGGUUUCCCUACCUCGUCGAGAACAUGGACCGCGUCGGUCCGUGGGCCAAGGCUACGUACGACGCCUUCCUCUCCGAGAUGCGCGCCUCCCCAUUCUACAAGCCCGGCAGCGUCAACAAGGACGUCCCCGGCGGCGAGUGCGUUCGCAUGCGCGACGUGCUCGUCUUCGAUGACCUCCCCCGACGACCCCCGGUCCCGAACUGGGCGCCGCCGGACAUGCGCAAGCUCGGGACCGACGAGCUACCCCCGCUCGACGACCUGUUCGACGCGUACGGGGUGCACAUCUCGGGCGGGUGGGGAUUUCGAGCCCCCGUCGUGGAGAUGCCGGGCUACCUGAGGGCGCUCCGCCAGCGCGUCGCCGACGGCGGCGGUAAGUUCGAGAAGCGCCAGCUCACCAGCCUCACCGACGCCGCGCCCCAUAACGCCGACGUCGUGGUCAACUGCGCGGGCCUCGGGAACCACGAGCGCCACGGGCGACUCGCGAGGGACCCGGCGCUGUACCCCAUCCGAGGGCAAGUCGUCAAGGUCAAGGCGCCGCACGUGCAGCAGGUUUUCGUGGCCGAUCUCGACGGGUUCACGUCGUACGCCAUCCCCCGCGGCGACUGCGUCGUCAUAGGCGGGACCCACGACGACGACGAGUGGGACAUCAUGCCCGACAGGGACGAGGCCGAGGCCAUCAUGAAGCGAGCCGCGGCGUUUCUCCCGAGGGGGUACCUGGACAACGCGGAGAUCUUGGGGCACUGGUCCGGCUUGCGCCCCGCGCGAAGGGGCGGCGCGAGGCUGGAGCUGGACGACGAGCCGGACGGUAAGGGACGCAGGGUGGUGCACUGCUACGGCCACGGCGGCGCGGGCGUGACGUGCUCGUGGGGAUGCGCCGACGAGGUGGUUGACAUCUGCCGGGAUUGCGUCAAAGAUACGCCGAUGGCCGUCGCGAGACCCAGAGUCGACGACAGGGACCAGAGCAACAACGCGGUUCGAACCGGGGCGGACGUGCGAAGCUCGAAGUCCGCGCAGAUCCUGAAGGACUGGAUCCUGAAGAGCGUGAAGAAGGGCGGCGUCGCGCCGACGCCCAAGCCCCAGGAGCCGCUGCCGCAGGAGCGCUGAUACCGAGAGCGCGAAGGGACGAUUUUAUAAACCGACGAUUGUUUUGCGUGUAACAAGAACCCGGCGGGUGUGGUGACAACGCCGCUGUUAUGGUAUCGAGUGUAUAACGCUGAUUUUAAUAAGUAUAAUACCCUAUCAAGAC